UGAAAUAUAAAACAGUAAAGUAUAGAAAACAGAGAUCACCAUGAUGUUGUCGCAGCAUGCUUCAUAAACAUCAAAGUUCUUGACAAGUGAAACAUUGAAAUGUUUAUGAUAAAAGCUGAUCCAAAGACAAUAAUGUGAGACCAUAAUGUCAGUCGAAACCAUAUACCAUGAUUUUAAGCAGAAUGUUUAAUGAAUCUGAACUUGUGUAUCUCUGCAGGUCCAGUAGGACCCCCAGGGCCCAGAGGUCCCCCUGGACCAACAUCACUCAACCUUAAUGCUUCACAGCCAAAAUCUGCCUUCUCUGUUCUCCUGGGCAAGUACAUCUCCACCUCAGACAGAAUCAUCCAUUUCCAUCAAAUCAUCUACAACGAACAGAACCAUUACAGCCCAGAGUCUGGUAUGUUUACAUGUGUCAUCCCCGGUGUCUACCAGUUCAGCUUUGUCUGCAUAUCCUACAACGGCGUAGUGAGCAUGGACCUGUGGCGUAACAACAGGGUGGUACUGAACAGUUACCACACUUAUCAGGGAGGUCGCCAUUUGGCAUCAGGGGACACGGUGAUGCUGUUGAAGGCGGGAGACAGAGUGUGGGUGGAGGCCAUAGAUGGGAGCAGCAGCUUGAGCAGCAAAAGCUACCUGUCUGGACACCUGGUCUUCACUGUGUGACGCUAACACUUUAUCUCCAGGCUUAAACUUCUAAUACACCGGUGUUCUGUCUGCUUUGGAAUCUCUUUUCAUGACUUCACCUUUUUGUACUAAAAUACACGCACAAAAAUCAGCUUUUAUUGAAUAUCUUAUAAUUUCAUGUAUUAUUUUUUUCUUUUUGGUCUAUGAGGCAGACAUGGGCACAACACACAAACUCAUGUUUAUGUACAUGUUUUUAUCCUUAUGGAAACAAACAAAUUUUAUUUUUAAUUCAUCAAGCGACCUUAUGAACAUGAAAUAUGAUUGCAGGAAAUCUAUAUUAUUCUGUUACAGCAUGUAGUCUUUCAUCAGUGCCAAAUUUAUAUGAUGGAAUUUGCUGGUGUUAUAAGAGAUAAUUUUAUGCACUGAUGAAAUCAAGCAUGCAUUUUUAAUGCUGUGUUGUGCUUUGACUGUGAGGCUAAUUUUUACUGUAACUUUCAUAUUUAUCUGUAUUUUGCAUUGAAUUAAUAAACUGAACUGCAUUGAA